UCAAGUAAUAACACUUGUUCAAACCGUAACGAUUUAUAUUCCUAUUCAUAUAAAUAACACUCACAAGUGAUUUUGGUACGUUUUCUAAUUCUGCAACCUCGCUUCAAUGGCGGAAUCGAAAGAGUCAUCAAGAAAACGUGAAAAGACUGUUGUCGAUCAAGAUCCUUCCUGUUCCAACCUAAUAUCACUGUUUGAUGAUUUCUUCAUCGAUGACUCUAAAAAGGUUGGGGAAAAGCGCGGUAGAGUUAAAGCUGAUGCAAAUGUUGAUAAGCUGCCAAAAGAGAUUCGUCCUCCUUCUCAAUGGUUUUCAGUUUUCAAUGCAAGAAAACCGAUGAAACAAAGGUUUCAUAGCAAUGUGAGUGAUGGAAGGUUAUCACACCAUAUUGAGAAAGGGUUUUCAGAUAAACUUCGUAUUAGUUGUGUAUCAUGUUGUUCUAAUCUAUGGGUACUUAUCAUGGAUGCUGGAACUGAUUAUACUGAUCAAGUUUACAACUUAUCACCAUCGUUUUUACCUAAGAAAUGGAUCUAUGAACAAUGGGCUAAGAAGUUCUACAUUACUUCUUUGGCAGGGUCCAAGAAGGGCAGCUCUAUUGUGGUUAUGUCAAAAGGUACGCCGUAUACUACACAAAGAUACAAAGUAAGUAGAUCUUUCCCCAAGGAAUGGAUAAACAAGAAGCGGGAACAAGGUUUUCACGUCACAUCAAUGGGUACUGCUGGAAUCCGUUGGUGUAUAGUUAUGUCUUGCAAUGCUGGAUUCAGUGAUCAGUUGGUGGAACUUGAUUUCCUCUAUCCGAGUGAAGGAAUCCAAAAACGUUUGGAUAAUGGUUGUAGGAUUACAGCAACUGCAGCUACAUUGAAUCAAUCUGCACUCAUAUUAAGUAUCCCGAGCAACAAGCCCGGUGAUGAAACUCAGGAAACUCUGCAUACACUUAAAUUUCCCAGUGCUAAUGUCAGGGAAAAAUGGUCAAAAAACCUUUAUCUUGCUCAAUUGUGCUAUGGGCGCAUACUAUCCCGAUCUCCUUUACCAUCAGAAUUUAGUUGACAAAAGAAUUAUGGGUUGUCUGCUGCCCUAUCAUAUAACAUCAUUUUAGAGACUAAUUGUGCCAGCAGACUGCUGUAUAGUUUAUGUGCAUAAAGCAACUAUGCUAGUAGUGUUAUAAAUCAGUUAUCAUUACAAGAUUUCCAUAUUUUUUUCGGCUGUGAAUGCUUAAUACUAAAUAAAAAAUCAUUCUCCUUGUAGAA